AUGACCAUGAUCGCUCAUUUAAUUAUUCUUAUAUCGUUCUGCAAUCUUGUUAACGGAGAUGAAGUUGAUUUAGGCGUUUGUGUUAAGCUUCUUCCCACUGGUCAAAAUCCUCCCAAUAAUAUUAAGCGAAGACCUUCCGUGCCUGUUGAGAAUUGCCAAGAUCGUGACAUGGCUUGUCCCGAGAUAUUCAAGUUCGAGCAAAACGUUGGAAUGAGGCUCGCAAAUAAUCUCAAGCCGUUAGUUUCUGAACUUUUUGAUUUAUGGAUAUACAAUGAUGAAUUCAUAUUUUCUUUAUUAGUAGAACCAUCGGUGGAUAGUUUGCUGAAUUUUCAUUAUUGUUGGAGGUUUAAAAAAUUGAUUGGAAAAUUGGCUUAUUAA